AUGACAAUGCGCCACGGCGUUCUCAUUGCUCAACAAAGCCGCUCGGAUCCCUCGCUCAAUCAAUGCCAAUUCCGAACAACCUCUCAUCCAUCAAUUUUAAGGCAAACUAGAAUUGGAUCAACAGAUGGCCAUCAUCGUGUUCCAUCAUGUAUCGUGCAUUCACCCACUCCAUCAGCAAGCGAUUCUGAUGAGCAAGAAUUGGACUUGGACAUGUUGACAAAUCGAGACUCUUUUGGUGAUUCUCCAAUUGGCGAUAUACCGAUCGAUCACUGUGCUAAAGCAAACGAUCGUGUAUCUCGUGUUCGGAUGCUUCCGAUAAAACGAGAAGCGAGCAGGGAAAGUCUCCGAUCUGAGGGACGAACACAUCUACUUCUGCACAAUGUUGGGAAAACUAUACAAAGGACAAGUUCCCAGUUGAGAAGAACUCGACUCUUCCAUUUGUUCUAUGCAUUCGCUCUUCCUUUCUAUACAAUUCUUGGAGCUGUUGUUUUCCAGGCUCUUGAUGGAGAACAUGAUGAUCGACUAUUGAAAGAAUAUCAAGGAAGAUGUCAAGAAGAGCGAGUUGAGAAAUUAGCGGAUGUGGAAAGGAUAUGUGAGCAAGGAGGGAAUUGUUUUGGUGAAAUGAGGAGACUUCUCGGUGAAGUGGAGAAAUGCUAUAGAGAG